GUGAGAGAGAGCGGGGAGAGAUAGUGUUCUCAGAAAGAGGGAGCGAGCAGAAGGCUUUGUUUACUUAUGCAGCCCACCGUGGCUCGCUCAAACAAGGUGUGUGUGUGCACGCGGAAAAAAAGGGGAAAUAAAAAAAAACAACAACCACGCGUACGCUUACUCGUUUUGGAGGGAAGCCUGGAGAUCAAGAGCGAAGACAGAAGCUUUGCACUUUGCUCAGGCGAGAAGGAAGGAACGAAGAGUGUCCAGGUCUGAACAGGAGAAAAGGAACAGUCUGUUCUUUCAUUGCCCAUUUUAUGCUCCUUCAAAGAAGAAAGGAAAUUAGAGAAGGGCGAAGUGGUUUUUUUUUUGGAGACGGCAUGGCGCGGGACAGGGCGCUCAGAUGAAACUGCGAAUGCAAACGCUGCUACCUGUGGACGCGUUGCUCGUGGCGAGUGAACCUGCGCACACCCCGCUCUAAAACUAAACUGGUGCACCUGGAUACACUCGCGACUCGUUGAAUUUCUUCACCGGUAUUGGCUCUGUUGUUUUGGAUACUUUUUUUUUUUCUACACAUUUUUCAAUUGGCUACUGGCUGGCCAAGUCCUAGCAUGUCCUGAACCUUUUCUGUCUUUUAACCAAGUUAGUGUGUGAACGACUGUAAGCUUGAACGGAGAGGGAAGAAAAAAAAACUCAAGAAAGAUGGAGUACGGGCGGUUGGAGAGGGAGCCUUCUCUCUCUCCCGCUGCUUUCGUCAACCAGGUGCAGUAUUCCAACAUCAUGGAGGGCCGUUUCAAACAGCUGCAAGAUGAGCGAGAGGCCGUACAGAAGAAGACCUUCACCAAGUGGGUGAACUCUCACCUGGGCCGUGUGACGUGCAGGAUCAGCGAUCUGUACACGGACCUGCGGGAUGGACGCAUGCUCAUCCGACUGCUCGAGGUGCUCUCCUCCGAGCAGCUGCCGAAGCCCACUAAAGGGCGCAUGAGGAUCCACUGCCUGGAGAACGUGGAUAAAGCGCUCCAGUUCCUCAAGGAGCAGAAGGUCCACCUGGAGAACAUGGGUUCUCACGACAUCGUCGACGGCAACCACCGUCUCACGCUCGGCCUCAUCUGGACCAUCAUCCUGCGCUUCCAGAUUCAAGACAUCAGCGUGGAGACGGAGGACAACAAGGAAAAGAAAUCCGCCAAAGACGCCUUACUGCUGUGGUGCCAGAUGAAAACAGCUGGGUACCCGAAUGUCAACGUCCACAACUUCACCACCAGCUGGAGAGACGGCCUGGCGUUCAAUGCCAUUGUGCAUAAACACAGACCGGACCUGAUCGAGUUCGACACGCUGAAGCGCUCAAACGCCCACUACAACCUGCAGAACGCCUUCAACAUCGCAGAGAAAGAGAUGGGCCUGACCAAACUGCUGGAUCCUGAGGACGUGAACGUGGAUCAGCCGGACGAGAAGUCGAUCAUCACGUACGUGGCCACCUACUACCACUACUUCAGCAAGAUGAAGGCGCUUGCCGUGGAGGGCAAGCGAAUCGGCAAGGUGUUGGAUUACGCGAUCGAGGCGGACCAACUGAUCGAGAAGUACGAGACGUUGGCGUCGGAGCUGCUGCAGUGGAUCGAGCAGACCAUCGUUACGCUCAACGACAGGCAGCUCGCCAACUCCCUGAGCGGCGUGCAGAACCAGCUGCAGGCCUUCAACACCUACCGCACUGUGGAGAAACCACCCAAAUUCACAGAGAAGGGGAAUUUGGAGGUUCUCCUGUUCACCAUUCAAAGCAAAAUGAGAGCCAACAACCAGAAGGUCUACAUGCCUCGUGAGGGAAAACUCAUUUCCGACAUAAACAAGGCGUGGGAACGGCUGGAGAAGGCGGAGCACGAGCGCGAGCUGGCUCUGAGGAACGAACUGAUUCGCCAGGAGAAGCUGGAGAUGUUGGCAGCACGAUUCGACCGCAAAGCCGCCAUGAGGGAGACGUGGCUCAGCGAGAACCAGCGCCUCGUCUCGCAGGACAACUUCGGGUUCGAUCUUGGCGCCGUGGAAGCGGCGACGCGCAAGCACGAGGCCAUCGAGACGGACAUUGGCGCGUACGGAGAGCGUGUGGCCGCCGUCGAAGCCGUAGCCCGCGAGCUCGAAGCGGAGGCAUACCAUGACGUGCGGCGUAUCCUGGCACGCCGGGACAAUGUCCUGCGUCUCUGGGAGUACCUGAAGGAACUGCUCACAGCCAGACGGGAAAGACUCACGGCACAUCGCGACCUGCAGAGGCUCCUUCAGGAGAUGAGCCACAUUAUGGACUGGAUGGAGGACAUGAAGGGUCGUCUGCAGUCACAGGACAGUGGUAAACACCUUCACGACGUGGAGGACUUGCUCCAGAAACACACACUGGUGGAGGCAGACAUCUCGGCGCAGUCGGAGAGGAUCAAGGCGGUGCAGGCCGCAGCAAAUCGCUUCACCUCUGACGAAAUGACCUAUAAGCCGUGUGAGCCAGCGCUGGUGGAGGAGAAGGUGGCGCUCCUGGGCCACACGUACGAAGAAUUGGGCCGGCUAGCGGCCGAGCGUCGGGCACAGCUGGAGGACUCACGGCGUCUCUGGCAGCUGCUGUGGGAGCUCGGUGAGGAGGCGGCAUGGAUGCGUGAACAGGAGCAGAUCAUGGCGACGGAGGAGUGCGGCAAAGACCUGUCCUCUGCCCUGCGCCUGCUCUCCAAGCACGAGGCAUUCCGUGACGAGAUGGCGGCUCGCUACGGCCCGCUCGGGAACAGCAUCGCCACCGGGGAGCAGCUGGUGAAGGAGGGGCACUGCGAAGCGCCGAAGAUCACAGAGAGGAUCAAAGAGAUUAAAGCUCAGUGGGAGCGACUGGAGGAGGCAUCUCGUUUGCGAGAGCAGCGCCUGAAGGAGUCUGUAGCUUUCCACCAGUUCCAGACUGAUGCUAAUGAUAUGGAAGCCUGGCUCCAGGAGGCUCUCAGACAGGUGUCCAGUCAGGAGGUCGGCCAUGACGAGUACUCUACACAGACCCUGGCACGGAAACAGAAGGAGGUGGAGAAGGAGAUCCAGAGCCAUCGAUCUCUCAUCGACUCGCUGCACGAGCAGGCCCAAAGCCUGCCUUCAGAAUACGCGCAGUCUCCACAGGUGGAGGGUCGUCUCCCUGCUAUAGAGCAGCGCUACGAGGAGCUGAUGGCGCUGUCCUCGGCGCGGCGCGACGCCCUGGAGGGUGCCCUGGCACUGUACCGUAUGUACAGCGAGGCUGACGCGUGCAAGCUGUGGAUCGGAGAGAAGGAACAGUGGCUCCUUAACAUGGACAUCCCGUCUAAACUCGAGGAUCUUGAGGUGGUCCAGCAGAGAUUCGAGACUCUGGAACCAGAGAUGAAUAAUAUCGGCUCUCGCGUCGCCGACGUGAAUCAGGUCGCGGAACAGCUGCUCAAAUCCGACAACUGCGACAAAGAGCAGAUUCAUCAGACUCAGGACCAACUCAAUGACAGGUGGCGUGAGUUCCAGCAGCUGGCUGGUGACCGGAAGCAGGCGCUGGAAUCCGCUCUGAACAUCCAGAACUACCACCUGGAGUGUAACGAGCUCCAGAGCUGGAUGAAGGAGAAGAACAAAGUGAUCGAGUCCACUCAGGGGCUCGGCAACGACCUCGCCGGGGUCAUGGCCUUGCAGCGCAAGCUCACGGGGAUGGAGCGAGACCUGGAGGCCAUACAGGGUAAGCUUGGCGGGCAGCGCGCCGAGGCAGAGAAACUGGCGUCCGAGCACCCCGAGCAGGCGGAGGAGAUCCGGGCGCGGCUGGCUGACAUGGAGGAGGGGUGGGAGGAGCUGUGCGGCACCAUGAAGAAGCGCGAGGAGAGCCUGGGCGAGGCGUCCAAGCUGCAGGGCUUCCUGCGGCACCUCGACGACUUCCAGGCCUGGCUGGCACGCACGCAGACGGCCGUGGCCUCCGAGGACACGCCCACCUCGCUCGCCGAAGCGGAAAAGUUCCAGUCUCAGCACGAUGCCAUCAAGAACGAGGUGGACAACUACCGUGACGACUACGAGAGGAUCAAGGCCACCGGCGCAGAGGUGACCCAAGGCCAGACGGACGCUCAGCACAUGUUCCUGGCGCAACGGCUACAGGCUCUGGACACGGACUGGCAGGACCUGCGCAGGAUGUGGGAGAGCAGACAGUGCCUGCUGGCCCAGGCCUUCGACUUCCAGACCUUCCUCAGAGAUGCCAAGCAGGCAGAGAGCUUCCUCAACAACCAGGAGUACGUCCUGUCGCACACCGAGAUGCCGUCGAGCCUGGAGGGGGCGCUGGAGGCCAUCAAGAAGCACGAGGACUUCAUGACCACCAUGGAGGCCAGCGAGGAGAAGAUAAAUGGGGUGGUCGAGUCCGGGCGGCGGCUCGUAUCUGAAGGCAACGCCGAGAAGAUCCAGGAGAAAGCCGACUCCAUCGAGGAGAGGCACCAGAAGAACAAACAGGCCGCUAACGAGCUGCUGGGGAAACUGAAGGAUAACAGAGAGCUGCAGCGCUUCCUCCAGGAUGGACAGGAGCUGAGUCUGUGGAUUAGUGAGAAGAUGCUGACGGCUCAGGACAUGACGUACGACGAGGCCAGGAACCUGCACAGCAAGUGGCAGAAACACCAAGCCUUCAUGGCUGAGCUGGCGUCCAACAAAGACUGGCUGGACAAAAUCGAUAAGGAGGGUCAGGCUCUGGUGAAGGAGAAGCCCGAGCUGGAGGAGACGGUAUCCGAGACACUGAGUGAGCUGCAGAAGCAGUGGGAUUUGUUGGAGACGACCACGCAGACCAAAGCCCAGUGUCUGUUCGAUGCCAACCGCGCCGAGCUCUUCACCCAGAGCUGCUCGGCCCUCGACACCUGGCUGCAGAACCUCUCCUCACAGCUGCAGAGCGACGACUUCGGCAAGGACCUGACCAGCGUCAACAUCCUGCUCAAGAAACACCAGAUGCUGGAGCACCAGAUGGAGGUGCGUGAGAAGGAGGUGCAGUCCCUGCAGUCUCAGGCUCUGGCCCUGUCUCAGGAGGACGCCGGUGUCCCCGAGGUGGACGGCCAGCAGAGGAGAGUGAUCGACACCUUCGGUCAGCUCCAGGAUCCUCUAGAGCAGAGACGGAAACACCUGCUGGCGUCUAAAGAGGCUCAUCAGUUCAACAGAGACCUGGAGGAUGAGAUAUUGUGGGUGAAGGAGAGAAUGCCUCUGGCUAAAUCUAUGGAACACGGCAAAGACCUGCCCAGCGUUCAGCUGCUCAUCAAGAAGAACCAGACCCUGCAGAAGGAGAUCCAGGGCCACCAGCCUCGCAUCGACGACCUGCAGACGCACGGGCGCGACAUGAUCCCCGGCCGCGGGGAAGGGGUGAACGCGGAGCGCCAGACGGAGCUGGACGAGCGACAGGCGGUGCUGGACGAGCGUCUGAACGAGCUCGAGGAGCUGUGGUCGCGGCUCAUCUCGGAGACGGAGAAGAGACACGCGCGGCUGGUGGAGGCCCAUCGCGCUCAGCAGUUCUACACGGACGCGGCCGAAGCCGAGGCCUGGAUGGGAGAACAGGAGCUGCACAUGAUGUCCGAAGAGAAGGCCAAGGACGAGCAGAGCGCGUUGGUGAUGGUGAAGAAGCACGAGAGUCUGGAGCAGGCGCUGGAGGAUUACGCACAGACCAUCCACCAGCUGGCCAACAGCAGCAGACUCAUGGUGGAGGGUGAACAUCCUGAGAGUGAGCGGAUCACGCUGAGGCAGGCUCAGGUGGACAAGCUGUACGCCGGACUGAAGGACCUGGCCGAGGAGAGGCGGGGGAAACUGCAGGAGCGUCUGCGUCUCACCCAGCUGAAGCGAGAGGUGGACGAUCUGGAGCAGUGGAUUGCCGAGAGGGAGGUGGUCGCCGGGUCGCACGAGCUCGGGCAGGACUACGAGCACGUCACUAUGCUGCGGGAUCGUUUCCGGGAGUUUGCGCGCGACACCAGCGCGAUCGGACAGGAGCGCGUGGACGCGGUGAACGCCCAGGCGGACGCUCUGAUCGAAUCGGGACACCCGGAGAACGCCAGCGUGGCCGAGUGGAAGGACGGCCUGAACGAGGCGUGGGCCGACCUCCUGGAGCUCAUGGACACGCGCACGCAGAUGCUGGCUGCCUCGUAUGAGCUGCAGCGCUUCCAGCAGGACGCCCGCGAGGCGCUGGCACGCGUCCGGAACAAGAGGGAGGCGCUGAACUCGGCCGAGUUGGGCCGCGACCUCAACACCGUGCAGCACCUCCACAGGCAGCACACGGCCUACGAGCACGACGUGCACGCGCUUAGUGGACAGGUGACCCAGGUGCAGGAUGACGCCGCACGUCUGCAGAAAGCCUACGCAGGAGAGAAGGCGGACGACAUCCAUCGGCACGAGCGCGCCGUCACCGAGGCGUGGGAGGAGCUUCUGGCUGCCACUCAAGCCAGACGGCUGCUGCUAUUGGACACAGUGGAGAAGUUCCGCUUCUUUAACGUGGUCCGAGAUCUGAUGCUGUGGAUGGACGGCAUUAACUUACAGAUCCAGUCUCACGACAGCCCCAGGGAUGUGUCGUCGGCCGGACUCGUCAUUGCACACCACCAGGACAUUAAAGCAGAGAUUGAGGCUCGAUCCGGCAGCUUCACCGCCUGCACCGACAUGGGACAAGCCCUCAUCAACAACAACCACUACGCAUCAGACGAGAUCCGGGAGAAACUUAAGCAGCUUCAGGAGAAGAGAGACGAAAUCAACCAUAAGUGGCAGGACAAAAUGGACCACCUGCAGAUCGUCCUGGAGGUGCUGCAGUUCAGCAGGGACGCCUGUACGGCCGAGUCGUGGUUGGCGGGUCAGGAGCCUUUGGUGUGCACAGGCAAGCUCGGCUCCGACGUGGACGAGGUGGAGAGUCUCAUCAAACGGCACGAAGCCCUCGAGAAGCUCACCGCAGGCUGGGAGGAGCGUUUCACUCUGCUCGAGAAGCUCACCACGCUCGAGGAACAGGAGAUUCAGAGAAGAAAGGAAGAAGAAGAGAGAGCGCGGAGACCUCCGACCCCUCCCCCCGCCGAGGAGGUGGUGCAGUCCGAGGUCGAGUACGAGUCCGGAGCAAGGACGAGUUUGGACCAGACCACACUCAACCAGUCAGUGUCUGUUAAUGGAGUCCACAGUGACCAGGACACGUCACAGGGCUCAGAGGGUGAGUCAGUAAACGGCCCCGGCCAGGACAGCGGGUUGGACACAGCGUCGCGUCACGAGCCAACGGGCACGCUGCCCGCCCGAGUGGACGCUACCACUGAGGCCAUGGAGGGGAUGCUGUGCAGGAAACAGGAAAUGGAGAUCCAGGGCAAGAAAGCAGCUAACAGAUCGUGGCAGAACGUGUACUGCGUGCUCAGGAAGGGAAGUCUGGGCUUCUACAAGGACAAUAAGAGCGCGGCUAACGGCAUCCCCUACCACGGAGAAGUUCCCAUUAGCCUCGGCGAGGCCACCUGUGAAGUCGCCCACGACUACAAGAAGAGGAAAAACGUCUUCAAGCUGAAGCUGGGAGAUGGAAAGGAGUUCCUGUUCCAGGCCAAGGACGAGGCUGAGAUGAGCUCCUGGAUUCGGGCGAUCCUCUCCUCCAUGCAGGCGAGCAACACUGACGACUUCUCCCCGGCUCCGCCCCUGACCCGGGCCAUGACGAUGCCCCCGAUGUCCCCCAGCGAGGGCGAGGGCGUGACCAUGCGCAACAAAGAUGGCAAGGAGAAAGACCGCGAGAAACGCUUCAGCUUCUUCGGCAAGAAGAAGUAACGAGAAUGGAGGGGCGAAAAAAAACAAAACAAACCUGAACUGUCCGAGACGAGGGUGCGACGGCGCCCUCUACUGUCACAUAGCUGUACACCUUUUCCUUUCUCUCUCUCUCUCUCUCUCUCUCUCUCUCUGUGUCUUUAGCCGUCUCACUCACUGCCACUCCCCCUGUCUCAUGGAGGACGACGGGUGGGGCUGUCCGUUCUCACCCACCCUAAACCCCGCCCCCACCCCAUCAGAUAUCGGACGCCUCGGUUUUAGCGCUCCGUCCCGGAGCCGCCUCCUCCCGUAGACGCGACGCUUCCGGAGUUUUCCUCAUUCAUGGUCUUACGUCCAUUUGAUCUGACGUCGAGACGGACCAGAAUUCCUCCUGCUCUCGAUUCGAUGUUCACGUUGUUUCACAGUCAAGCUGAUUGUUCUUAUUAUUUACCUGUUUGACGCUGCGACUCGUCAUGAGCGAGUAAAUAUUACAGAAAACAAAGAAUGGGGUGUAAAAAAAAGGUAAAAGUGGAACGCAAAAAACACGUACAGUUUUUUCUGUUGUUGUUUUUUUCCAUUAACAUUGAUUUUUUUCUCCAAUAAAAUAGUUCAAUUUUAGAUUAGUGUUUUUUUUUUUUUUUUUUUGAAAGAGUGCAGGGGAUCAUAAUUAAAAAAUAAAAUACUACAAAGUCUUAAACGUUUCUUUUCCUGAGGUGUUUUACUGCGCAAUAAACUUCGCCUUUAUUCCUCUUGCUCGGAUCUCACACUAAGACACAGAAGGAUCGUGGGAAGGGAAUGUUUUUUUUGUUUUUUCUUUUUUACUUACUUACACUCUCUCCUUUUCUGAUUCUGUUCUUGAUUUAUAUAUUUGUGUGAUUUUUUUUUUUUUUUUUUUUUUUUCGGGCAUUCCGAUAUUUGUGAAAUCAAACACUGGACGAAAACCUAAACUACUGUACCAUAUUAUUAUUAUUAUCAUAAUUUUUUUUUUUCUCUUUCCCCUUUUAAUGUGGACCAAAUUUCCAUUUCUUACCUCGGUCAGGACCGAUCAAUCACAAAUCGACGCUUUAAACGUGGGAGCAGAAGAUGAGGGGGCGUGGCUUAUAGUCGACCCGAUUUAAUUGUUUGAUUCGAUUUGUUUGCAUUUCUACACAGGAGAGAGCAUGACGUGUGUGUGUGUGUGUGUGUGUGUGUGUGUGUAGCAUGGACACAGUAUUUUUGUAGACGGAGCCGGUACGGACGUCGGCCGCUAGCGAUUCUUGCCUUGACGUGUUUGUGACGUGAGAUCUAACAAGUGGCCGUAAAAAUAAUAAAAUGUAAAAAUAAAUAAAUAAGAAAGAAAAAUAAAGGAAAAAAAAAAAACUUUUAUUUUACGGACGUACAAUGAAGCCCCUUCCUCCCGAGGGGAGCGGAGUAUCAAAGCGAGAACACAAAACUCUCGGCGGCACUUUGGAGCGCCGCGCAGGAAAACAAGAACUUUCUUCUUUUUUUUUAUCAUCAUUAUUAUUAUUUGAGGCGUUUUUGCGUUCAGGUUCACACUAGAGCGAGUAAUCAACCACCACCACUAGUGUAUAUACAGAUAUAUAUAUUAAAAAAAUAAUAAUAAAGAGGCAUGUGCUGAUAAUUACUUAUGCAACAUAUACUGUAUAUGGUAACGUUCAGCGUAUCCGCGAUACCGCUAUCGGCGCCGCCGCUAACAAACCCUUUUUUUCCUGCACAAUUUUUACACGAGCUGAACCUGGGACCGGGAUUUCAAAAUACAAUCGAAAAAACACAAAAGCGAGGCAGAUCCAGUGAUCCCAGACGUCAAGUAUAUCAGCACAUGCCAAAAGCACACACACUGAUCUGAGUCUCGCGUUACGCUUCCCGGUCGUCGCUUCCACCGCUAGCUGAAAAGACGCGCUUUCACGUACAGACUCGCCACCUGAAUGCAUCGCUCCGCCCACUCACUCCGCCAAUGCCAACGUACAUUUUUAACAUUCUCACAUUUUCACGUUUUUUUUUUUUUUUUUUUUUUUUCCCUAGCCGUUACAGCCCCGGUUAUUUAGUACGACAUCCAAAGUUAGCGAGGUAACGAAGGUCAGCUUCAAACGGCAAGAAAAAAAAGUAACAAAUAAAAACUCACGUUGGUUAAAACGUUUGUCAGGAUCGUCACUUUGUGCCAACGUGUACUUGUUACAAAAACGUGUGUGUUUGUGUCGUCGUCACUGUGUGCACGAGAUCGUUAAA